GGCGGCGGCGCGGAAUGUGAGCAUGGCCGGCCCCUUCGUGGCGAGCCCGGAUCGCGGCUGGUUAACCAGGCUGGCUGUUUCCAUAACCCCCUAGAUGUGGAGCCCUGAAGGAUCUGAGAGGUUAUUGGACCACUUGCCUCCCCUCCCCCCCUCCAACUGCUGCCAUGUGUACAGCCGUCUGUCCCUGGGCCCUCCUGCUGCUGGGGGGAGUGUGGGCGGUGGCCAGCAGUGCUGAACCCCCCUUCCGGACUUUCCCGGUGAGCGACUGGAGUUUGACCCACCUGGUUGUCCACAACAAGACGGGAGAGGUGUAUGUGGGGGCCGUCAACCGCAUCUACAAGCUCUCAAGCAAUCUGACCUUGCUGCGGACCCAUGUCACGGGCCCCGUAGAUGACAAUGAAAAGUGCUACCCGCCCCCCAGUGUCCAGUCCUGCCCCCACGGGCUGGUGACCACCAACAACGUCAACAAGCUUCUCCUGGUGGACUAUGCAGCCAACCGGCUCAUCGCCUGUGGGAGCACCUCCCAGGGCAUCUGCCAGUUCCUGCGUCUCGACGACCUCUUCAAGCUGGGCGAGCCUCAUCACCGCAAGGAACACUACCUGUCCAGCGUCAAUGAGUCGGGCACCAUGUCCGGCGUGCUCAUCGAGGUCCCCGGCGGGCACGACAAGCUCUUCAUCGGCACCCCCAUCGACGGCAAGUCCGAGUAUUUCCCCACUCUGUCCAGCCGCAAGCUGAUGGAGAACGAGGAGAAUGCGGAGAUGUUCGGCUUCGUCUACCAGGACGAGUUUGUGUCGUCCCAGCUCAAGAUCCCCUCGGACACCUUGUCCAAGUUCCCAGCCUUCGACAUCUACUACAUCUACAGUUUCAGCAGCGAGCAGUUUGUCUACUACCUGACCCUGCAGCUGGACACUCAGCUGACCUCACCAGACUCCACGGGUGAGCAGUUCUUCACUUCGAAGAUUGUCCGCCUCUGCGUGGACGACCCCAAGUUCUAUUCCUACGUGGAGUUCCCCAUCGGCUGUGUGCAGGGCGGCGUCGAGUACCGCCUGGUGCAGGACGCCUACCUGAGCAAGCCGGGCAAGGCCCUGGCCCGCCAGCUCGGCGUGUCCGAGGGUGAAGACGUGCUCUUCACCGUGUUCGCCCAGGGCCAGAAGAACCGGGUCAAGCCGCCCAAGGAGUCUGUGCUCUGCCUCUUCACCCUCAAGAAGAUCAAGGACAAGAUUAAGGAGAGGAUCCAGUCGUGUUACCGGGGGGAGGGCAAGCUCUCCCUGCCCUGGCUCCUGAACAAGGAGCUGGGUUGCAUCAACUCGCCUUUGCAGAUUGAUGAUGAUUUCUGUGGGCAAGACUUUAACCAGCCUCUGGGUGGUACUGUGACCAUUGAGGGCACACCACUCUUUGUGGACAAGGAAGAUGGCAUGACGUCAGUGGCUGCCUAUGACUACCAGGGCCACACGGUGGUCUUUGCAGGGACCCGGAGUGGCCGUAUCAAAAAGAUUCUAGUGGACUUGUCCAGUCCCGGGGGACGCCCUGCCUUGCAGUACGAGAAUGUGGUGGCCCACGAGGGCAGCUCCAUUCUGAGAGAUCUAGUCCUCAGCCCCAGCCGGCAGUAUAUCUAUGCCAUGACCGAGAAACAGGUGACUCGGGUUCCGGUAGAGAGCUGUGAGCAGUAUGCCACGUGUGAGCUGUGCCUGGGCUCCCGGGAUCCCCACUGUGGAUGGUGUGUCCUUCAUAACAUUUGUUCUCGGAAGGAUCGCUGUGAGCGGGCUGACGAGCCCCAGCGUUUUGCAUCUGACCUGCUCCAGUGCGUCCAGCUCACCGUUCGGCCCAAGAACAUCUCGGUCACCAUGUCUGAAGUCCUGCUUGUCCUGCAAGCCUGGAAUGUUCCCGAUCUCUCAGCGGGAAUCAAUUGUUCCUUUGAAGACUUUACAGAGUCAGAGAGCCGCAUCGAGGAUGGGAAAAUCUACUGCCGCUCCCCCUCCUCCAAGGACGUUGUGCCCAUCACUCGGGGCCAGGGAGACAAGAGGGUUGUGAAACUUUACCUGAAGUCCAAGGAGACGGGAAAGAAGUUUGCAUCCGUGGAUUUUGUCUUUUACAACUGCAGCGUUCACCAGUCCUGCCUGUCCUGUGUGAAUGGAUCCUUCCCCUGUCACUGGUGCAAAUACCGACACAUUUGCACCCACAAUGCUGCAGACUGCUCCUUCCAAGAAGGCCGGGUCAAUGUGUCGGAGGAUUGCCCUCAGAUCCUGCCAUCUACGCAGAUCUAUGUCCCGGUGGGCGUGGUAAAGCCCAUCACACUGACGGCCAAGAACCUGCCCCAGCCUCAGUCCGGCCAGCGCAAUUACGAGUGCAUCUUCCACAUCCCCGGCAACCCGGCCCGCGUUACCGCCUUGCGCUUCAACAGCACCAGCAUCCAGUGUCAGAACACAUCGUACACCUAUGAAGGGAAUGACAUCAGCGACCUGCCCGUCAACCUCUCUGUUGUGUGGAAUGGCAACUUUGUCAUUGACAACCCCCAGAACAUCCAAGCUCAUCUGUAUAAGUGCUCUGCCCUUCGUGAGAGCUGCGGGCUGUGCCUCAAAGCGGACCCACGAUUUGAGUGUGGCUGGUGCUUAGCUGAGAAGCGAUGCUCCCUACGCCAUCACUGCCCCGCCCCGGAUAUUGGCUGGAUGCACGCCAGUAGCGGCAACAGCCGCUGCGCAGACCCCAAGAUCCUCAAGCUUUCGCCGGAGACCGGCCCUAGGCAAGGUGGUACUCGGCUCACCAUCACGGGCGAGAACCUCGGCCUGAAGUUCGAGGACGUGAGGUUGGGUGUGCGUGUGGGGAAGGUGAUAUGCAGUCCCAUCGAGAGUGAAUACAUCAGCGCCGAGCAGAUUGUCUGUGAGAUCGGAGACGCGAGCCUCGGCCGAGCUCACGACGCCCUGGUGGAGGUGUGCGUGCGAGACUGUUCCCCUCACUACCGCGCCAUGUCUCCCAAGAGGUUCACGUUCGUGACCCCCACCUUCUACCGGGUGACCCCUGCUCGUGGUCCACUUUCUGGGGGUACCUGGAUUGGUAUUGAGGGAAAUCACCUGAAUGCCGGCAGUGAUGUGGCCGUCUCCAUCGGGGGCCGGCCCUGCACUUUCUCCUGGAGAAAUUCCCGGGAAAUCCGCUGCCGCACCCCCCCAGGACAGAAUCCUGGUGGUGCCAACAUUGUCAUCAACAUUAACCGGGCUGAACUCAGCAACUCUGAUGUGAAAUACAAUUACACCGAGGACCCUACCAUCCAGAAGAUUGACCCUGAGUGGAGUAUUAACAGCGGCGGAACACUCCUCACCGUCACGGGCACCAACCUGGCCACUGUCCGAGAGCCCCGGAUUCGUGCCAAGUAUGGCAGUGCUGAAAGGGAAAACACUUGUAUGGUGUACAACGACACCACCAUGGUGUGCCAGGCCCCGUCUAUUGACAACCCCACCCGGAGUCCCCCUGAAUUGGGUGACCGGCCAGAUGAAUUGGGCUUUGUGAUGGACAACGUGCGAUCCCUGCUCAUUAUCAACAGCACCAACUUCCUCUACUAUCCUGAUCCCGUCUUUGAGCCCCUCAGCCCCUCUGGCAUCCUGGAACUCAAGCCCAGCUCCCCCCUCAUCCUCAAGGGCCGGAACCUCCUCCCUCCUGCAUCAGGGAACUCCAGGCUCAACUACACUGUGCUCAUUGGGUCCACACCUUGUGUGCUGACUGUGUCUGAGACCCAGCUGCUGUGUGAAUCACCCAACCUCACUGGUCAGCACAAAGUCACGAUCAAGGCAGGCGGCUUUGAGUUCUCACCGGGGACGCUGCAGGUAUACUCGGACAGCCUCCUGACUCUGCCGGCCAUCAUUGGCAUCGGGGGCGGUGGGGGUUUGCUGCUACUGGUCAUCAUCGUCGUCCUCAUUGCUUACAAGCGCAAGUCCCGGGAUGCUGACCGCACCCUCAAACGCCUGCAGCUCCAGAUGGACAACCUGGAGUCCCGAGUGGCCCUCGAGUGCAAGGAAGCCUUUGCAGAACUGCAAACAGACAUCCAUGAGCUGACCAAUGACCUGGACGGAGCUGGCAUCCCCUUCUUGGACUAUCGCACCUAUGCCAUGAGGGUCCUCUUCCCGGGCAUCGAAGACCACCCGGUGCUGAAGGAGAUGGAGGUGCAGGCCAAUGUGGAGAAGUCGCUCACCCUGUUUGGACAGCUCCUGAACAAGAAACACUUCCUGCUGACCUUCAUCCGCACGCUGGAGGCCCAGCGCAGCUUCUCCAUGAGGGACCGCGGCAAUGUGGCGUCCCUCAUCAUGACGGCGCUGCAAGGGGAGAUGGAGUACGCCACGGGUGUCCUGAAGCAGCUCCUCUCAGACCUCAUCGAGAAGAAUCUGGAGAGUAAGAACCAUCCCAAGCUGCUUCUGCGGAGGACAGAGUCGGUAGCAGAGAAAAUGCUAACAAACUGGUUCACAUUUCUACUGUACAAGUUUCUCAAGGAGUGUGCAGGGGAGCCUCUCUUUAUGCUGUAUUGCGCCAUCAAGCAACAGAUGGAGAAAGGUCCAAUUGAUGCCAUCACUGGCGAGGCCCGCUACUCCUUGAGUGAAGACAAACUCAUCCGCCAGCAGAUUGACUACAAGAUGCUGACACUGAACUGUGUGAAUCCGGAGAAUGAGAACGCCCCGGAGAUCCCUGUCAAGGUGCUGAACUGCGACACCAUCACGCAAGUGAAAGAGAAGCUUCUGGAUGCUGUUUACAAGGGAGUUCCAUACUCCCAGAGACCCAAGGCCGGGGAUAUGGACCUGGAGUGGCGCCAGGGCCGAAUGGCCAGAAUCAUCCUGCAGGACGAGGAUGUAACCACCAAGAUAGACAAUGACUGGAAAAGACUCAAUACCCUGGCCCAUUAUCAGGUGACUGAUGGCUCCUCGGUGGCCCUGGUACCCAAGCAGAACUCUGCCUAUAAUAUCUCCAACUCCUCCACCUUCACAAAGUCCCUCAGCAGAUACGAGAGCAUGCUCAGGACCGCCAGCAGUCCAGACAGCCUGCGCUCACGCACCCCGAUGAUCACGCCUGACCUAGAGAGUGGCACCAAGCUGUGGCACCUGGUCAAGAACCAUGACCACUUAGACCAGCGGGAAGGGGACCGAGGCAGCAAGAUGGUCUCUGAGAUCUACCUGACCCGGCUGCUGGCCACGAAGGGGACCUUACAGAAGUUUGUGGAUGACCUAUUUGAGACCAUCUUCAGCACAGCUCACAGGGGCAGUGCUCUCCCCCUUGCAAUCAAAUACAUGUUUGAUUUCCUGGAUGAGCAAGCUGACAAACACCAGAUCCAUGACUAUGAUGUUCGGCAUACCUGGAAAAGCAACUGCCUACCUCUGCGCUUUUGGGUGAAUGUGAUCAAGAACCCACAGUUCGUGUUCGACAUCCACAAGAACAGCAUCACGGACGCCUGCCUGUCUGUGGUGGCCCAGACAUUCAUGGACUCCUGUUCCACCUCUGAGCACAAGCUGGGCAAGGACUCUCCCUCUAACAAGCUGCUGUAUGCCAAGGACAUCCCCAACUACAAGAGCUGGGUGGAGAGGUACUACUCAGACAUUGCCAAGAUGCCCGCAAUCAGUGACCAGGACAUGAGUGCCUACCUGGCGGAACAGUCACGUCUACACCUCAGCCAGUUCAACAGCAUGAGUGCUCUGCACGAGAUCUACUCCUACAUCACGAAGUACAAGGAUGAGAUAUUAGCUGCAUUGGAGAAGGACGAACAGGCGCGAAAACAGCGGCUUCGGAGCAAGCUGGAGCAGGUGGUAGACACGAUGGCCCUGAGCAGCUGAAAAGUCCAGCAGGGCUCUUGGUGACUUUUUCCUAGUGGCAGACUCUGAGAACCAGAGAGACAAAGGCAGAGAGAGAGGCUAGCAGCAGGGGCAGCGGUGUCUGUCCCGCACCCCCGGCCAUGCCGGGGAGGAAGCGGGGGACCGCGCUGCAUUCACCAGAGCCCCUCCCUGAGCCAGCCAGCACCGCCAAGCCAAGGAAAAUGCCAACACUUGAUCUGCCGAAGAAGGGAGAAUCACAAAACCCACUCGUCAGCCUGCCUGGAGAGAGAGAAGGAGAGAGAGAAGGACCUUUCCAGGCAGCAGCACGUGGUGGGAGGCAGGGAAGGAGGCCACAAUCACUUGGCAAGGAGGCAGUAGCCAUGCACGCCUCCACUCCUCACGGAAGGCUGGCACAGUGGAAAUGGUGCUCCCUGUGAGGGAUGAUGCCGGGGGAGAGGGUGGGCAUCUUGAAUCCUUCCCUCCGCCCCCCACCCCCUUUUCUUUUCCACGGAGGUUUCAGAUUUUAACUCCUCCAAAUGUGACUGACUGUUUUCUUCCACUCUCUCCUCUGUACCCCCUGGACCCAUUCUCUCCCCCUCCCCUCCCCCAUCUUUCUCAUUUACCUGCUUUAUUUGCACAGCUUACAGAACAUCAAAAAUUUCCUUUUACAAAUCCACAAAUAGAAAGGAAAAAAAAUGUAACGAGAAAGGUUUUAUAUAUGACAUGAAAUUGACUUCUCUCCCCCCACCCCCCAAGUGAGAGGGAAACCUUUAAACUGGUUGUCAGAGCCCAAACAGCACAAAAAAAGGAAAGAGGGUAUGCAGUAGGGGUGAAAGUUCCUUGUCCCGUACCACGUGUCGUCUGUAUCCCCCUCAGCCACAAAUGGGAGAGAAAAGCACCGAGGUGCUCCCCAGAUCGAGGGAAGGGGUCCAGGGUCAGAGAAUGACAAAGGGCAGCUCCUGAGGGGCCAGGGAUGGAGCUGGGAAGGACAUGCCUUCAAUUCUGCCCUACAUCAUUAUCAAGGGCUGCUGGGAGUUGGUCAGGUGGGACAGGGGGAGGAGGUGUGGCCCACUCUCUCCCUGGUCCCUCCCUGCUCCCUGCUCCUUUCCUCCUUCCCAUUAUCCCAAGCCCUAGCCUGCCCCCCUAUCCAUGGGCUUCCUAAAUUUGUGACCUCCUCAAACCCGGUACAUCGUCUUCGAGGGCCAAAGGAUAAGAUUCCCCUUGGAAGUGUCUUGGUGGGAUACCUGUCUCUGCUGCUGAUAGGUCCAUAUUCUGGAAACCCACAUCUGGCUCCGGACAAAGUCAUUCAGUGGAGAGCUUUGCCUGAGUUCUGGAGUACCCUGUUUGUCUGAUCUCCUUCUGGAAAAGGGCUUGAUGCCUCUGAACCUAGAACUUCCCUAGAACACCUUGGCCCCGGGUUGUGGUCACAUGUGAGACUGCCCUUCACACCGAUACCAGAGAUGAGGAGAGGCAGAGAGAGGACUAACCCCUCUUCUAUCCUUCACUGAUGCUGUUGGAAAGAAAGAGGCAAGGCAAGGCAAUACUCUCUGCCUCCCUUCCCCACAGGGUUGAAUCAUGACCCUACAGGCAAGAGUCCUCAUUUCUUCUGGUUGAGUCACAGAGCCACAGAAACAUUGGCUCCAAUGGAGCCUCCUAGAGCUGGGUGACAAAGUGGGUGGGGUGGCUCUCAGCCACAUCCAAAGGUCACCACCCCCUUCCCUGUUUCCUCUCUCCUGGGAGAUCCUUGUUAGAACUGGGCCUGUUGAGGGACUGGGAGAGAAGGGAGUCAUCGGCAGUAGAUACUUCAAAUAAGUUACCAAGUUCUGGGGCAGAGAUGUUCUGGCUGAUGGUGAGAGGGAAUAAAUCACUAACUUUUGUCUGGCCCAAGUCUUCUGUCAUCCUUGACUAUUAUCCAGCGGCAGCUGGCCACAAGCUCUGUCCUCUAGGUCUAAUAAACGGAAGAAAUAGAGACAGAGGGUUUCCUGAGGAUUCAGUUGGAAGUAGGCUGGUGGACAUGGCAUUUGAAGGAUGCCAUUCACCAGGCCUUCCCAUCAUUGUCAUCAUCUUCAUCGUACGUCAUUGUUGUCACCACCAUUCUCAGGAACACCAUCGUCAUCAUCACCAAGGUUAUUCCCACCAAACGUGCUUGAAACUCUUCUUUCCUUACACAACAACCCCUACUAAAUGAGUACUUUUUUGGCCUUGUCCCCUGGAAGAUAAUCUGUUUUUAACUCAACUACAGUUUCUGUGCAACUUGUACCACCAGUAACUCCCAUGCUCACCCAUGAGAGGCUACCCUUGGGCCUAUGGAAGUGCUUGGGGAUCCCCCAUAAGACCCCCGGGGCCUGUGGUUGAACAUCACUCUCUAGGUAUUUAUUAUACCCAACUCCAGUCAUUAAACCAACACCUCACAAAUCUAGGCCAGGUGUGGCCAAAGAUAGCCUUUGAUCUCUUCUGGUGCAGGCUGAAAACUUCACGAGACUAGCUCUUGAAUCUGUCCAGAGUGUCUUUACUUCUCUCUCUCUUUCUCUCUGUCUUGUCUUCUUUCCUUUCCUCUGUCCUCUCCCCCUGGGUAUUUUCCAAGUUCCCGUUCAUCUGAAAUCUAGCACCAAGUGGUGAUCCUCAGAGUGGAGAUGGGAUUUUGGGGGAGCUUUUUGGCUUUGCUUGUUUUUUUUUUCUUUCUUUUUUUUUUUUAAAGAGGAAAGAAAGAAAAGAGAAAGCCUGUUUGGUUCUCAUGUGGUGGCUUUACUGGUGAAGACCAGAGCCGCAGCUGAGUGAGUGCUCCCUCAGUUACCCAGCCAGGCCAAGAUGAUGCUGUUCACAAUAUGUAUUGCUGCUGCCUCAGCCUCGGACCACGGGGAGCCAGGCCUGUCCUCCAAGGGGGCCAUUCCAGUGACCCCGAGGAACUGCUCUGUAUCCGUUCACGCCCUCAGUGACCAAGUAAGAACAAAUGAAGUUUUUAAUUAAAAAACAGAGAAUUGUACAUAUAUAUAUAUAUAUAUGUGGUUACAACCUAAAUCUCCAACCCCAGGAGGGUCCUGUAUAGUUGACUGAAGGAGAAAAUUUAGGGGAAAAAAAAAAAGAAAAAGAUAUAGAAUAAGAAAAUUAAGCCAGUGGGAAAAGCAAAAACAAAACAAAAGAAAACAAACAUACCAAAUGGUCUGGAAGGAACUUCCAGGAGUUUAUCACCAAGCGGAACAAUCUUUGAAGCCUGAACACCUCUAAUUAUGCGGUGAUUUCGUUUUUUUUUUUUGAAACUUCAAGGAGGAAGAAAAAGCUACCCCAAAUCCUCAGAAAGUCCAGGACUGCCUAGGACCUGCGAAUUACUGCAUGAGCGUGCUAGAUUUUAGUCUGAGUUGAUCUUUUUAAAACUGCAAGUGUUGAAUACUAGAGGUUGUUUAGACUUUUUUUAUUAUUAUUAUUAUUAUUAUUAUUAUUUUUAAUUAAUUUGUCACUUCUUGUAAAAGAAAAAAAAUGGAUGAAAGUAGACUUACCUUCACCAGUUUACUUCUAAAAUGGUACUAAAGGUUUCUGUGUACUUUAAGGGACAGCUAACUGUGAUGGGACCAACUGUCUCCUCCUCUCUGUGGUGCCUGGUCUUUCCCAGGGGGUCUCAGGGAGGCCCAGAGGAGGGAGAACUCUUGUUUCUCUGGGGUGACUGGGUCCCUUGGUGAUGGGAAUCAACUCUGGGAGGCUAGUUCCAAAAAGUAGGUUUCCAUUAUUUUUGAAGACUUAGGUCUACAGGGAGAACCCUUAUUGACCUAAAUGGAAUUUUUUGGGUUCAUUUUUCUGCUCACUGGAUUCCCCCCUUUCCCCUCAGGGUUCCUCUCCUUACCCUCUGCCCCCCCCAUUGAAUUUAGAAUCAUGAUGGGGGGUCAUGGGGGUUCAUUUAGAGUCAUCAGGGGUUCCCCCAAAAAAUGUGGAGGGAAGUUACUUUGGAAUCAAUCCUGAUCUUUGACUCAGGAAAUCCUCAUUUGCCAUUAAAUUAUUGGGAAACAUGACAGAUGAGGCAAACAAUUCUGAGACUCCAGAAACAAGGCAGAGAUUUAUGCUUAGGGACCACUGUUUCCAGUAAUGUUCAAUUUUUAAUGAAUUGGGAUAAAGACUUUCCCCAGACCAGUUGGCUUAGCUUAGGCCUCAGUCACUUAUUUCCUUGGAUUGAACUCUCUAGGGAUUCAAAGCAAGUUUAAGAUUAGAAUGUGAUGUUUUGGUCAGACCAAGUGAUGGACUGAAUACUGCCUAACAUUCCAGCCAAGCUCUUUUGUCCUCCCUCCCCAUUCCCCCCUGCAAGUCCCUGGAAACCAAGGUUCUGGAGCAAGACUUUGGAAUCAGUAAGGAAGAGGAUUCCUGUAGCUAACCAGCUUUGCUCUUGAGGGACAAAAUUAAGUUCAGUUCCACGAGGCUCCUGAGAGAAAGUGCUCGACAGGUGAAGCCCCACACUUUAAAUGAUCUAAUCAGACCUUAGGGAAGUGGCUUUGCCCCCAAUAUGUCAUCUGGCCUGGCCCAUGCUCACAAAGACCCACUCAUGUCAUCACCAGACACUUUUGCCACUUCAGUGCAGGAAGGAUACUCAGGCUUCAUAAUACCAGGCCCCACUCAUUCAGAAAUCAUGAUUCUGAUGGCGUUGGGCUGAUACUUCCCUUUGUGUUAUCUAGAAAGAAUUUAAGUCAUUUGGGGGAGGGGGGGCAGGGGGCAUGUUUAACCUACUUGAGAGCACAGAUUGGUUUCAAGCCUUCUCAAGCACUUUAGAAGCUUCCAUUUAUGCAAAAUGAUUGACAGUGCUAAUUAUAAAUCAUUCUUAUCUAUUCAUUAAAGCCAGUCCCCUAAGGAUCUCUAUUAGGGAGUGCUUCCUUUGCUUGGUUCUAAUUACCGUAUGUGUUUAAAAGCAGGAAAACUACAUUUCUUUUUUUAAGUCUGUAAUCUAUACUUGAGGGGCAGUGUGCCUUUGGAGUCAGGAGGACAUAUUAGCAAUGUCAUCCUGGGCCAGGCACUUCCCAGAGCUCCAGGCAGCUCUCCAGGACCAUCCAUGUGCAUUGGGAGAGAAAAUUUCUUCAUCAGGAUUUCCCUGUAUACCAGUGAAAUUCUAGGUCUGGUUCUUUUCACCCCCUCCUCCCAAAAUACGUCAAGCUAGGCUUGCCUUUAAGUGAAGCUAACCUCACCCCCAGUCUAAACCAGUGAGCCAGAGUCCACGAUAGUCACAAUCACCUGCAGCUACUUUUGCUGCCUCUCACAGAAGGGUCAAGUUCAAGGCUAUAGCUAGUUGUACCUUAGGUGCAAAAAGAGAUGGGGGAUGGACCACUGGGAAGGGAGGAAUAAGAAAAUGCAAGGUCUCGUGGUGAAUAGAGGGUUCUCACACCUGGGUUGCACUAGGUUCUCAUCAUUCACCUAGGUUACACCAGGACCUCCUCCGCCCUUGGCAGGUUUGCCAGCCAAAUUGGCAUUGGGUUGAUUUUAUCCAUUUCUCCAGCCCUGGUGAUAUGAGCCAGUGGGCCAUAAAGUCAAACCAGGAGGGUCGAAGUAGAAACAACUCCAGCAGCAUGGGGUAGUGGAAGGGGGACCAGAUUGACUCGAGAAAUCUGAGCUCCAGAAUUGGCCUUGACACAAACUCACUACUUGACCUAGCCUGGUGACUUCCCUCUGGACCUUAGUUUCCUCCUUUAGUAAAGAACCUUAGUGAGGGUGGGGAGGAUAUUUCACAAAGAUGUAAUAGAUGCGGCAGCAUCUCACUGCAAGAAAUUUUGGUUCAGACUGCCCCCAGGCAAACACAGCUGCCCUUUCCGGUACUCCAGUGGAGGCAGGGACAGCUCCAAGAAAACUCCACUGGGGUCUUAGAAGCAUGAGAUACCAUGAGGGUCAUCUGUGUUUCUUUGCCAGAGAACAAUGGGGGCAUUGGGCUGGGGUCUUCCUGCCAUCUCUCUAAGGAGACCUGAAUCUACCUCAUGCUUCCCUCUCCAUGCUCCAAAGCGCUGACCCAUCUCCUCCCCAAGCCUUGUCAACUCUCUAGGUCCUGCUCUACCACACUGUUGGCUCGGAUCAGAGUGUGUGUGCUGCUGUGCCUCCAGCCCAGGGGCCUGGUUGGCAGACAAAGGCUUCAGAAGCUCCUUUUACCCUAGCCAGUAGGCUACAACUCCAGAAUUCAUCCCUCCUCUCUCCCCCACUUCUCCCCCACCAACGCCCUCUGGGCACGAGCCUUUCUGCUGUUAGCUGAGCUUGUCCUUUUCUGGGCUCAUCCUUGAAGCCUCUCCAGCUUAGGAAAUCCUGUCUCAGCUUGGCAUCAUCUUUGAGAGCCAUGGGGUCACUUUCAUGCCACAGUGAAACAUCAAAGGGAAGACUUUAGGGGAGGGCAAGACCAUGGUCUUAAGUGGACCCAAAAGUUAGUUCCUUAGGGGAAUGGUAACUGGCAUUUUAAGUCCUUAAUGUUUAAAAUCCUCCUGAAACACACAUACAUGCGCACACAUAUGCACCACCACCAGGAAAAACAGCAUGGCACUGCCUCUCUGAGCUCCAGGUUUCAUAGAAUCAAUGGGACAUCUUGGUCCCCACUUUUCCCCUAAGAUAACCAAAUUUACAUCGACUCCAUUUUCUUUAUUAUUAAGCCUCUUGGAGGAAACCCUCCUGACUGUUUCCCCCUCCCCACUCUCCAACCCCCCAGUUUUGGAAUCAGCAGCUCAAAUCCUUGGCCUCACCAGAUAGGAUAGAUAUAUUUAGAGAGAGAUUUAUAUUUUUAAGAUGAAGCGCACAAUUAGCUGUCCCUUAACGUCGUCGUCCACAUUUCAAAUGGAGAGAAGACAGAUGGUUUUAAUGGUCUGAUCAGUGGUUCUGAUAAACAUGACUCAGUCGCUCCACGUUGGAAGCAGUGGGGCCCAUAGAUCCUUGUGCCCUUGGAUUGUGUAAAUAUUCCCGCUAUUUCCUAUUUUAAUGUUCUUCAGAUUUAGUACUUGUAAAUAAAAGCGCAUCAAGGAGAGAUUAAACAUUUUUGCUAAA